AUGAUGGAGUGGAGUCAGUCUUCUCAAGAACAACAUGAUCCUUUCACCUGGUUCAAAGAGUCGCAGCUCCAGUCGGUGUUCAGGAACGGAUCAGUCCCAGAUUGGUUUCAUGGAAUCAGUUCCAGGAAGGCGGCAGAGGAAUUGCUCACGUCCAAGCCACCUGGCUACUUCCUCAUCAGAGUCAGCGAGAGCAGAAUCGGCUACACACUCUCGUACCGUGCAGACGAACGCUGCAGACAUUUCAUGAUCGAUGCACUGGUGGCUGGCCAGUACAUGAUAGUGGGUGAGAACAGGCGUCACCAGAGUCUGCAGGACCUGGUGGAAUUCCAUCGCAGAACUCCCAUCAUGCCCUUCAAUCAGGUUCUGACUGUUGCUUGUGGACAGCCCUCAAACAGCAAUGCAGACUACGCACAGCUGUUUACCCACAGAGAUCUAUCCACCAACACUGGUUCACCCACAAAGGACCCAUCAAAACCCAACCUGAACCAGAGUCAACCAGAACCGGAAGACGAGAUCCCGCCUGCCAUUCCUUAUCGACCAAAUAACCUGACGGACUCUACAAUCCUGCUUCCAAACAGCAAUCCCAGCAGGCUUUAUCCUACUUUGGAAGUUGAACUACAUCACGUCCCCUCUCCAACCCCAGCCUCACCUGUUGCAAAGUCCAGGAAGAGAUUUGAAGCCAGUUACCUUCCACCAAACCAGCCUCCUGAAGUCCCUUCUCGAAACAGUGUGCCCCAGAAGCAAAACCAGGCCUACAUGAGAACCAUCUCUGCACCCAGGAGUUUAUUUACACCCUCUGCCCCCUCGCAACACCUCGGCUCCAAUGUCCACCUGUUGAAGCCCAACGAGUGGAAGCCAUUAGUCGUCACUAACUUCAUGAGCCUCAAGAAGAAAUUCCAAAAGAAGACAAACCAGCGGCAGGACGUGACUGACUCAGAUCAUGUGUACUCAGAGAUUUCCAUGGACACAGUUGACAGAAGGGAAGACACUGAGAACGAAUACCAGGAGAUCGCAGAGCUGGCGACCCUCGGCUCUUCACCCCAUUGCAGUAGAGUUAAGGGACUGACUGAUCAAGUGUUACCUCAAGAGUGUCAGUCACCUCCACCUUUUGCUCCAGGCUACUGA